CGACGCCAUUCUUUUCUUCAGAGCGGUCACAUUACAGUUUUAAGUGUUUCAUCAUGACAUUCAAGAUAUUUAUUGGUAAUUUAAGCCAUGAGGCGCAGGAGUCUGAUUUAAGACCUGCCUUUGAAAAGUAUGGAGCUGUAGCUGAGUGUGCAGUUUUAUCAAGCUAUGGAUUUGUGCACAUGGAAAAUGAAGAUGAAGCCCAGGCAGCUAUUGAAGGGUUAAAUGGUUAUGAUAUUUGUGGGUUAAGAAUAAGAGUUGAGAUGUCACAUGGAAAAAAGGGAGAUGGACCGAGACGAGGCGGCCGUGGAGGGAGAGGCGGAAGAGGUAGUUCUCGUGGUGGAGGACGUGGUAGGGAUGGUCCUAGAGGGGGAGGUGGACGACCUUCACCUUAUGACAGGUACCCACCCCCAUCGUCUUCCUACUAUGAUAGGUAUGAUCCCUACUCGAGGUAUCCAUACCCUGAACGAGAUUAUUAUCGACCUCUACCCCCAGUAGAACGAUAUCGAAUGCCACCUAGUGAUAGAUAUGCUGCUCCACGUGAUCGCUAUGCUGCUGAGAGACCUCCACCAGACCGUUAUGCAGCUGCUUAUGAAAGAGAAAGAUUGCCUGCAAGGGAUGCCAGAUCUGCAUAUCCAGCUUAUGAUCGAGGUGUUGAACGAGAUGCUUAUUAUGGUAGAGAAAGAGGUGCAGCCGCUGAUUACUAUGGACAUGAAGCGGAACGUUCAGCUGCCCCAGUUAGUAAUGGAUAUAGUUAUCGUGGAGAGGCAAGGGGUGGUUAUGCUGAAGAUAGUUACAGAGCACCAGGAAACAGUCAGUCUUCAUUACAAACACAACCAAUUUACUUCUAACGUAGCUAUUGUCAUACUGUUGUUCUAUAUUGUUUUUUUAAUUGAUGUUAUAACACAUGACAUUGAAAUGUAUUUUCUUUUGUACUGAAUAUCGAAUUGAUUGGUUAUUAGAAUUAGAAUUUGCUAUUGAUGUAAAAUUUAGUAUCAUUUGUUAUCCAGUGCUUGAGAAAUAUAUCUUAUCUUCCCCAUACUUAAUAUUUGCUUUAAGUGCCAAGUAUUCUUCGGUGUGUUUUUUAUCAUUUGUAAAUAUUUCAUUUUAGUCCCAAUAAUUUUUACUCCUUUUAAAGAACAAAAUCAUGUACUUGAACCCUAAGUUUAAAAAAUUCAAGGGAAGUAACCUUUCCAAAGUUAUUCAAAAAUGUAGUCAUUAAACUGUUGUGCAAAUUGUUGUAUAGAUUUAAUAAAAAUCUUCAAUAUUUC